AUGGGAAUAAAAAACGAGAAAAGGCCCUAUUUUGGCCUAACUGGAGGAUGGCUCACCUUCUGGGUCACGGUUGCGUGUGCAACGGAUAUGUCCCUGUUUGGCUAUGAUCAAGGUGUUUUCAGUGGCGUGGUGAUCACAAAGGACUUUCUUGAACUCCAUAACCUCGAAGGACCGAGCAAGACAAAGACUCUAUCCACAGUAACGGCAAUCUACGACGUCGGUUGUUUUCUCGGUGCGAUUUGCGCAUUUACUCUUGGUGAGCGCCUGGGUCGAAAGAAGUCCAUCCUAGCUGGAUCCACAAUCAUGGCCGUUGGUACCAUUCUUCAGGCAUCAUCCUUCAGCCUUCCUCAGAUAUUUAUUGGUCGAAUUAUCUCUGGUAUCGGAAACGGUAUUAAUACUGCCUGCGCGCCGAUCUGGCAGUCCGAGACCUCCCAGUCGAGAUGGCGCGGUCGUCUGGUGACUUUUGAAAUGAUGAUGAAUAUUGCUGGAUAUGCGACUGUGAACUGGAUCAAUUAUGGCCUCUCUUUUGUCGGGGGUGCAAUUGCUUGGCGGCUUCCCAUUGCUUUGCAGGCGAUAUUCAUUAUCGUUCUCUGGUCUACAGUUCCCUGGCUUCCUGAAUCACCAAGAUGGCUUCUUAUGCAUGGCAAGGAAGAAGAAGCCGUGGAAGUCAUUAGCUGCCUCGAGGCGAAAGACGUCGACGAUCCCUUCGUUAUUGCGCAGCGCAAUGAAAUUGAGUUUGCAAUUCGUUAUGAGCAGGAGAAUGGCGUUCGCUGGCGAGACCUUCUCAAGAAAAAUGAGAAUGAUACGAAAACACUCCGUCGCCUGCUGCUUGGUGCUGGAAGUCAAUUCAUGCAGCAAUUCGGUGGUAUCAACAUCAUGUCGUAUUAUCUACCUACCGUUUUGGAACAGGCUGUUGGCAUGGAAGAGAGCAUGGCACGUCUACUCACUGCCUGUAACGCUAUUUCUUACAUGAUCUUCUCGGGUCUGGCGGUUUUGUUGAUCGAGCGCAUGGGGCGUCGCGGACUGAUGCUUCUCUCAACUGGUGGCCAAUUUUUCUGCUUUCUUAUCAUCACUAUUCUGUUGAAGUUUGCUGAAACGACGAGCGGCGAUGUUACUCAGAAAUAUGGUUCUGCAUCAGUCGCCUUCUUCUUCUUGUUCCAUGGUGCGUUUGGUAUUGGAAUGUUGGGUAUCCCUUGGCUAUAUCCGACUGAGAUUAACUCUCUGCCCAUGAGAACAAAGGGUGCUGCCCUUGCUACUGCUACCGAUUGGAUCACCAAUUUUGCCAUCGUCGAGAUCACUCCAAUCGGCAUUCAAAGUAUUGGCUGGAAAUUUUGGAUUGUAUGGACGGUGACCAAUGCCGUUUUCUUCCCCAUUAUCUAUUUCUUCUACCCAGAAACAGCCAACCGCACCCUCGAGGACAUCGAUGCAUACUACCGAUCCAACCCAUCUCUUAUCGUUACUACUGAUCAUGAUGCUAUUUGCAAGAACCGACCUCAAAAAUACAUUGACCAUGAAGACGAGGAGGUUUCGAGGACGGCGAAGAGCAAGUCCUUGUCUGACCCUAUUGAAGCUGACCAUGUCGAGUUCACCGACCCACUUAGAUAG